UAGCAGCCUUCAGUAAUGACCACGAACACUGGAAUAUUCAUGCAGGAUACUCAUAUCUAUACCAGCAGCAGCAGCCCCAGUGCCAAGAGCUCAGCUGGGAUGAAGACUGCUCCUCAGUGCUGGGGUGUCCUGUCCCCUGCUCUGUUGUGUGACUGAGCUGAUAAUGUGCUAUCAGAGUGAGGAGGACACUAUAUAGAGGGGCUCCCCUCUCUGCUCUCAGCAACUCUGCAACUGUGCAUUCUCUUGGAAUCAUCUUGUUUGCUCUGCUCUGCUUCACCUAGUUUGCUGGUACCAGAAGGAGUUUGUUGGGAUAUUCCCCAAAAGGACCCUAUACUCCACCCACAGGACUGCAUUAUAAAGAGGGCUUUUUUUCUUCAGAACUGUGGGGAAAAAUGAAUGGACCAGCAGAUUCAAGCCUGCUCUUCAAUUGCUCAAAUCAAUCAAAUUUCGCUUUGGAAACAUCAGAGCAAUGUGGCAAAGAGACACACCUUGAGAACAUGAUUUUUGCCACUUUCUACUUUUUGGACUUCAUCCUAGCUUUUGCUGGCAAUGCCCUGGCACUUUGGCUUUUCAUCCGGGACCAAAAGUCAGGCACACCUGCCAACAUUUUCCUGAUGCAUCUUGCUGUGGCUGACCUGUCCUUUGUGCUGAUACUUCCCACCCGGCUGGUGUACCAUUUUUCUGGUAACCAUUGGCCAUUUGGUGAGAUCCCAUGCAGACUCACCGGCUUCCUUUUCUACCUCAACAUGUAUGCCAGUAUCUAUUUCCUGAUGUGCAUCAGCGUAGACCGUUUCCUGGCCAUUGUGCACCCCGUGAAGUCCAUCAAGCUCCGCAGGUCGCGGUACGCCCACGUGGCGUGUGUCUUUCUGUGGGUCAUCGUUGGUGUGGCAAUGGCACCUCUGCUGCUCAGUGUGCAGACUGUGCACAUGAAAAACACAACUGUCUGCCUGCAGCUCUACAGAGAAAAGGCCUCACGUCACGCCCUCGUGUCCUUAGCAGUGGCAUUCACCUUCCCCUUUGUUACUACUGUGACUUGCUACUUACUCAUCAUCCAGAGCCUGAAGAGUGGGAACAGAGUUGAGAAACACCUGAAGGAAAAAGCUGUCAAAAUGAUCAUCAUGGUCGUGAUGAUCUUUCUAAUUUGCUUUGUACCUUAUCAUGUCAAUCGCUACAUUUAUAUUCUCCACUACAACGGGACCAAAGCCUCCUGUGAAACACAGCGUCUCCUGGCCCUCAGCAACCGCAUCACUUCCUGCCUCACCAGCCUCAACGGGGCGUUUGACCCCAUCAUGUAUUUUUUUGUAGCUGAGAAAUUCCGUGAGGCUUUGUGCAAUCUGUUUUGUAUUAAAAAAAACAUAAUGUUGCCUCAAACGUAUGAGGGCAAGACAAAUGAAAGCUCACUAAGUGCUAAAUCUGAACUGUGAACAUGACUCUUGUCAGUGUCAGUGGCUCAUCUUAAGAGCACCCUCUUCCACCAAAAUCAGCUGAGAGCACAAAUAUGCAGCAAGAUAGUCCACCCAGUCAAAUUCACCCUGAGAAGGGAAGUUUUGUUGUUUUUAUGGGGCCGCCAUUAACAAGAAUCCCUCUGACCAUAGAGAACACCUGUUUGUAUUGCUAAAACUGCAAACUGAAGGACAGUUCUACUGAUUUCCAAGAAAUUAAACUGAGCGUUGAGCACUUAGGAACAAAGAAGGGGACAAUGAGGGAAAUGGACCCACAAAUUAUUUUUUUUCAAAGGACUUAAUUCCCAAAGCACUCAGUGCUUCCUCUGCACAAUGCAUACAGCCUAAUUUAAAAUUUCACAUUGUGCCAGCAGUAGAGAUCCGCUCCUGAGACAGACCUGCCUGAUGGAAUUUGUCCACAUUUGCACAUCUUGUUCAAGUCUCUGAAUUCAAAGUGUUUAUAAGUAAUGGAAAAAAAAAUGGUACUAAAUGAUGACAAGAAAAAAAAAAAGGCCAGAAUGAAGCAAUGAACCCAGCCUGGACAGGAAUUAAGACAGAAAAAGAUUCUUAGCUUUAAGAUGGUUUACAGUUCUUUUUUGUGACUUAUCUGGCAAGACUAUUCCUUCACUAUGCAUAAAGUAGGGAUUCUCUUUAUUCUAACUGAUACAAAUUGCAUCUAGCAGAAUAUGCCUGGAAGUGACAGGCAGACUAGGGUAGACCAGGUACAAUUGAAAAGGGAAAAAAAGAAUGCAAGAGUUUACAAUAAUAUUUACUAGAAGACUGCUUCAAUGCUACGGAGAUAAAUAUUAUAGAAAAUCAUGUAGCAGGUAAAAUACAUUAUUACAUAGAUACACACACCUAUCUCUCUGCUAUGCUUUUGGGAAUGAGUUCCUUACCAUUUUAGACUUGGUCCACAAAUUACAAAAUCAAACAUACUUUAUCUUGCUUGAGCUUUUUUUAUCCUGACUGCUUCCCCAAAACACCCUAAGUGCUAUUCCAACAGCCCAUUCUAGCAAGGUGAGGUGCCAAAAGAAAAUCAAUUAUGCGCAGCUCAAAAAACUCAGGCACAGAAGCUGCAUGAAAUAUGAAGAAGAUGAGGGAGUUGAGAGGACUCCCUACUGGACAGUAUAUGACCUUUUCUUCCUUCCUUCACCAUUAGUUAGUGAAAAUAUAAACUCUAGGAAUCUACUAGGCUUUGCUCAUAAUGUAUGAAAGCCUAAAAUUAACUCUGAAUUGGCAACACUGUCUGCUAACUGCUGGAUUGUCUUAUUUUCUUAUAAUGGUAUGCUUUUGUAUAAGCUCUUUUUUGUAUUUUUGUUAUUUCUGAAUUAAAUGCAUUAAUCAAGC